AUGUCUUCGCCUUCCGCGGCAACGACACCGCUCAAGCGGAGCUCGUCCAGUGAAGAUGAGAAAGUAAGCAUUAAAAGGCAGAAGACAGAUAGCGACGCGCCUAUGAGCCCGACCGCCGCCGACGAUGAAGAGCCAAACCUCCUUUCUGGCGCGAACAAGGUCACCAUUCCUUCUCUCGACUACCAAGCAAAAAGCGGCCUCGAAAGAAGCAUAGGAUUGGCACUGCAGCAAGUCGGCUUUGAUUCCGCCACCUCGGAAGCAAUGGAGGGCUUUUUGGGGGCCGUAGAGACCUACAUGGCCUCUUUGAUCGACGAUGUCAAGCGUAUCGCCCUUGCUGCACGGCGUGAGCAACCCAGCCCAGCCGACUUUGAGUCUAUGAUGCGACGCUUCACUUUGAAGACGACGUCGCUUCGACCCCACGUCCGCCAUCCCGUGUCAAAGGCGAAGCUAGAUGUGGAAUAUUUCAACCCGUUGGUCGAGGAUCCAGAUGCGUACACAACCUUACCCCUCCUCGGCGAGGAGCUGAGCGGAAAGCCCGAGAAGGAAGCCAAGUCGUAUAUACCAAAGUCUUUCCCGGACUUUCCUAGCAAACAUACCUACAAAUACACGCCCAAGGAGGAUGACAAUGGUCGCGACCCUCAGAGGACGAGAGAGGAGGCGGCCAAGGCUUCAAAGCAAGGAGAGGAGGCCCUCCGAGGCCUGGUGAGGGCGGCAAAGGUUCGAAAGCAGAAGGAAAUCAGAUCCUUAUCGGAGCGCGACCCAAUGACCAAGGAGCGCUAUUCGCUAUGGGCAGCCGCUAUGGAAGGAUUCGUCAAGAAGGAAGGCGGCGCAACCGGUCAACAACUCGAGAUUGCCGACCACAGCAUGAUUGUAAACUCGGACGCCCGGCAUUUGCGCAGAGAAGUCCAGAGGCAGAGUAAGCGAGCCGCUGGGCAAGGCUAG